UAAUUUUGCGAUUGUUGUUAAUCCAAGUUGGAGACACUUGAUUGCUCAAGUUGAAAAACAACUGUGUAGUUUUCGAUAUUAUAAUUUGGGCCAGGCCAAGACUGUGACGAAAGGUCGAAAGAUUCCACCUUUCCCUCCUAAUCCCUCUUUGGUUUUCCCUCCUAAUCCUCCCCUUUACUGCCAAUUGAUGCUCCUUCGUGUGUGUUCCUCGCCGUGUUCCCUACAGGCCAGAGCAAUGGCCGCCUCCUCGAAAACCAUAACCGAUUUCUUCCAAGCAAACCCAGGCCCAGCCAAGCGUCAGAAACUCUCCACUCCUUCCGAUGAUCACCAACCUUUUCCUUCUCUCACCGCCGAGCAAAAAUCUCGCAUGGAAUUUAACAAAUGUGUCGCCAAAUCAAAACGCAACCUCAAAAUCUGUUCCCAGAAGGUGUCGCAGUCCAAGGUUGAAGGAUCGGGUUUCGUCAAACUGGAGGAACUCUUGGUGGAGGACACGUGGCUCGAGGCCCUACCCGGGGAGCUUCAGAAGCCUUACGCUAAUAACUUGUGCAAAAUUGUUGAGAGCGAGAUAUCCAGUGGCAGCGUGCCCAUUUAUCCUCCCCAGCACUUGAUUUUCAAUGCCCUUAAUUCUACUCCAUUUCACAGGGUCAAAGCAGUUAUUAUUGGACAGGACCCUUAUCAUGGACCUGGUCAAGCAAUGGGGCUUUCAUUUUCUGUGCCAGAGGGAGUGAAGGUUCCCUCAAGUCUGGUGAAUAUAUUUAAGGAACUUAAGCAAGAUCUUGGCUGUUCGAUUCCGUCCCAUGGAAAUCUAGAGAAAUGGGCUGUUCAGGGUGUUCUUUUGCUCAAUACUGUUCUCACAGUUAGGAAGCACCAAGCUAAUUCUCAUGCCAAGAAAGGAUGGGAGCAAUUUACUGAUGCUAUUAUUAGAACUAUCUCACAAAAGAAGGAAGGAGUUAUUUUCCUCCUCUGGGGGAACUCAGCUCAAGAGAAAUCCAGGCUCUAUACAAGUGUCAACUCAGCACAACAUGUGUGUGGGUGGGGAAUAUGUGACUGACGUGGCAGUUCUGCAUGGAUUUGGCUUCUUUGAAUCUUGUUGCCUCUCACUCAAUUUGAUGCUCGUCCUAAACCAGUAGAUCUUCCAGAAUUGCUCAAGAAAAAAUGAGGAAAGAGGGAAAAAAUGGAGAAGAAAGGAAAGGAGCAAUGCAUUGUGUUUGAGAGUUAUAGAUGAGAGAAUGAGAUGGAGAGGAGAAGUGAAAGAUAAAUGAUAUAGAUGGCAGAUCUGACCUAUUGACUUGGUUGAGUAUUUGUGACAGUAAAUCUUUAUAACUUAAUUGUUAGGGUAUUUAGUUUGCUGAUGGGUUUGGGCUGAUAAGGCUACCUACAUGUCUGACCCUCUAAUGCUUAUUUUCAUCAUGCAAAGUCUAUCACAGUGAAAACCAUUACAAAAAUUAAAAUCAAAAGAAAUUAUUAAUGAAUAUCUUCCACUAUCUUUU